AUGUACGAUUAUUCAGACAUUGUAAUCGAAGAACCUGUCGAGCCCUCUCCACUGUGCCAGAUCCUUUAUUCUGAUGAGUUCAAACAGCUCAUUGGCAUAGCUAAAGCUCUGAUGCGCAGCAACGAACAUUCGGAGAGAGCUUUGAAGAUCACCGAAAGGGUGAUCGAGAAGGUGGCUGCACAUUAUACGAUCUGGUCGUACAGACUGUCGAUUGUCAAGGGCCUUCAAAAUUACUCUCUUGACAAGGAACUCGACUGGUGUGGGCAGAUUGCUGUGCACAAUCCCAAGAACUAUCAAAUCUGGCAUUAUCGUUCGCUAAUUAUUGAGCUGAUAUUAGAGCGAAUCGGCAGUUUCGAUUUGAAGCAAGAGUACCCAAUACUUGAGAAAAUGCUGGAUCAGGACUCAAAGAAUUACCAUGUAUGGUCCUAUCGUAGAUGGCUUGUCGAAAGAUUCAAUUUGUUCAGAGAUACGAACGAGUUCAAAUAUACCGAGAAAAUGUUGGAGGAAGAUGUAAGAAAUAAUUCGGCAUGGAAUCAUCGAUUUUUUGUGCUUCUAGGCGACAAAAAGACCCUCACAAAUGACCAAAUCCAGGCAGAGAUUGAUUACGUCACAGCUAAGGUUGAUAUAGCACCCACCAACCCGUCUUCAUGGAAUUAUCUUAAAGGAAUCUACAACAAGCUAAAUAUGGAUGUCACCAACCUGCAACCUCUUGCGACAAAAUACUCUGAUUUGAAUUCGGUUCAUUCACAAUACGCAUUUGAGCUGCUUGCUGAGAUAUUGGAAAAGCAAAAGCUAUUUGAGCAAGCAAUCGAUAUUUAUGCUUUGUUGGAGGAAAAAGAUAGUAUACGAAAAAGAUACUGGAGAUGGAGAAGCAGCCGUCUCAGUUUCUAA